GCGACUCCGGGGACUCAGGCGAACGUCGCGUUUCUGGAGUUGCAGCUGGCGGAGGCGAGGGCACGAGUGAGGCUCCACGCGAAGCGACUCUCCAGCAGCAUGCUGACGGCAAUGGAGGCUGAGGCCUCGCGACUCCAUGCCCAAUUGCUCACGGCACAGAUCGAACAGACGAAGCGGGAGAUUCGUGCGCAACGUUUCCAGGCGCCCUCCCCGGCACCCAGUCAGCCUUCGAGUACGGCUCUGGGUCAGCUGGCCGAUCCGACGCCUUGCCCAGCGACGGUCACCGACAGGGCCUCCGCCUCGGCUGCCCCGCGGGUGACAGUGUACGCGGACGACGUGGUACGCUGGUGCCCGGCGCCGAAGUUGGCCCGAAGCGGCGCAGAGAGACCCCCGACGCCACUGGAGGCGGAUCUGUACUUCGAGCCGGACUUCGUGCCGAACUGGGACCCCCCGGACGAGGAGCUGGCCUCACAGCCGGACGCCCUGGACGAGGAGAUGGGCUCGUACCUCGCCGCCCCGGGCGGAUCCCUGGAAGUCUUCCCCCUUCGCCUGCGGCUCGGCGCCCCGCUCGGCGCGGAGGCCGCCCAGGCGUCGGCCGGGACGCCCGGCUGCGGCGAACCUGGCGCCCCCGCAGACGCCCAGCCUGGCUCCCUGCCUGGAGCCCGGCCCGACGCCCUGCCCAGCUGCCAUCCAGGCGCCCCAGCCGACGUUCGGCCCAGCGCCCUGCCCAGCGGCCAGCCCGGCGCCCUGCCCCGCUGGCACUGCACGACCGCCGCCCCGACCGACGCUCGGCCCGACGCCCUGCCUGGCUGCCAGCCGCCCGGAGUCCAGCCCGGCUGCGAGCCCGGCGCCCUGCCCAGCUACCAGCAGCCAGGCGCCCCGGCCGACACCCAGCCCAGCGCCCUGCCAGGCUGGGAUCACGGCGCCCCCGGCGACGCCCAGCCCGACGCCCUGCCCGGCUGCCAGCCCGGCGCCCCGGCUGACGCUCGGCCCAGCGCCCUGCCCGGCUACCAGCCCGGCGCCCUGCACGGCUGCUCGCCGGGCGCCCCGGCCGACGCCCAGCCCAGCACCCUGCCCUGCGGCGUGGCUGGCGCCCUGCCUGGGUUUCUGCCCAGCGACGCCCAGCCCGGCUGCAAGCCCGGCGCCCUGCCCUGCUACCAGCAGCCUGGCGCCCCAGCCCAGCUCGGCGCCCUGCCCGGCUGCGAGCACGGCGCCCCCGCUGACGCUCAGCCUGGCGCCCUGCCCGGCGCGCAGCCCGGCGCCCUGCCCGGCUGCCAACCCAGCGCCUGCAGCGACGCCCAGCCCGACGCCCUGCCCGGCUGCCAGCCCGGCGCCCCGGCCGACCGGCCCAGCGCCCUACCCGGCUACCAGCCCGGCGCCCUGCGCGGCUGGCGCCCUGCCGGCCCUGCCUGCCUGCUCAGCGACGCCCUGCCCGGCGACCAGCAGCGUGGCGCCCCAGCCGACGCCCAGCUCGGAGCCCUGCCCGGCUGCGAGCCCGGCGCCCCCGCUGACGCCCAGCCUGGCGCCCUGCCCGGCGCGCAGCCUGGCGCCCUGCCCGGCUGCCAACCCAGCGCCUCUGGCGACGCCCAGCCCGACGCCCUGCCCAGGUGCCAGCCCGGCGCCCCGGCCGACCGGCCCAGCGCCCUACCCGGCUACCAGCCCGGCGCCUUGCACGGCUGCACGCCGGGCGCCCCAGCCGACGCCCAGCCCGGCACCCUGCCCUGCAGCGAGGCUGGCGCCCUGCCUGGCAGCCUGCCCAGCGACGCUGCCCGGCGCGCUGCCCGGCUGCGAGCCCAGCGCCCCCGCGGACGCCUGCAGCCCGGCGCCCUGCCCGGCUGCGCGGCCGGCGCCCAGCCCAGCGCUCUGCCCGGCUGGGAGGCCGGCGCCCUGCCCGGCUGCCAGCCCGGCGCAUCGGCCAGCGCCCUGCCCGUCGCCCGGCCCGGCGCCGGGCCCCGAGCGCAGGCCGUCGUGAGCUACACCUCUGCGUCGUCUGGCCCGUCGGGCCCCUCGCGCUCGCAGCAGCAGUACAGCGCGGAAUACUUAGCCGUGUUGGCGAAGAUCAGGACAUGGAACGAGAACGGGGUGGAGGCCCGCACCAUUCUGGAACGACUAGACCACAGCGCGGAGCGCCUGCAGCGCAGGGGCACGGACC